GGUCUCUUCCUUUCCAUGCUAGACACCACCAUCGUAGCCACCAGCCUGUACGAAAUCGGCCGCGAAUUCGACAAGCUAGACGCCGUGAACUGGGUUGCGCUGGCGUACACCUUAGCCUUCGUCGGGUGUGCCAUCUUGUUCGCCAAGGUGUCGGACGUGGUGGGCAGGAAGCGGGCGUUCACCGCGGCCUAUGUGCUCUUUGUUGCCUUCUCGAUAGGAUGUGCGGGUGCGAAUACGUUUACACAACUGUUGAUUUGUCGCGCAUUUCAAGGGGUGGGCGGCUCGGGGCUGUAUAGCCUUGCGAUUAUCAUACUGACGGAGGUGACGCCGCCCCGUUGGAAGCGGUUUAUUGGGACGAUUAUCGGGGUUAUUAUUGCGUUUGCUGGUGUGCUAGGGCCGAUUUUGGGUGGUGUUUUGACGAAUUAUUUGAGCUGGCGGUGGAUCUUUUGGAUCAAUAUUUCCGGAAUAGUAGCUGGGAUAGUAUUCUUGUUUGCAUGGCCCCAUCCAGAGUAUCUACCUGCUUAUCAACGUAGGUCGUUGUGGCAGAGUGACGUACUAGGGUCCCUCCUGCUCACGGGAGCCGCCGUUUUGAUCACUUGGGCCUUCCAAAACGUGAGGGCAGGUUCCGGGUGGAACGAUCACCUGUUUAUUGCACCGUUUGCCUCAGGCUUCUUUUGCUUGAUCCUCCUCGCGGUCUGGACCGUGAUCGUUGACAAUACAAACUUGAGAAACCGGAUGACUACAGUCAUCCCGGUGGUGCUCCUCAAGAACCACGUAUAUGUGUUGAUGGCUGUAAGCACAGCAUGCCUGGGCUUUGGUUAUCUCAUGACGCUGUACGUCUUCCCGAUGAGGUUCAGGGUUGUCAACGGGUACAGCGCUCUCGAGGCCAGCGCUAUGCUUCUGCCCAUGCUUGGGUUCUCGGCGUUGGGUAGCAUGGUGGCUCCGAGACUCAGCCAGAAGCGCAACGUGUUGCACUGGACCAUAGCAGCUGGAGGAAUGUUGAUGACACUAGGAACCGCUUUGUCGGCAGCCAACGCAACAUCGUCCCAUCGGUUCGGGACCACACUGUACGCGGUGUACGUGAGCCUCGUUGGUCUCGGGUUCGGACUCAAUGCUGCGGCGUCGACAACACUUUCGAUUGUCGAGUCGCCCGUGUACGAACAUGCCACGGCGCAGGGACUGGUAGCUCUUCUUCGCAUAUGGGGCGGUAGCAUUGGUAUCGCGGUCUCAGGCGCCGCGCUUGGAACACAGGGUACUUCUGACAUUCCAUUGUCUUUGGACUUGUCUUUGGAACAUUAUACCAAGGCGCUGGAGACGUCCAUGAUCGUUGCUUGCGCAAUUACGGCACUUGGUACAAUCUGCGCCUUCUGUGCUCGCCGCUCGAGACAAUUGUCUAUCGCGUACAUGAUGCAGAAGCGGGAAGAAGAUGAAGCCGGUCGACAGGCCGAACUCGCCGAAAGGAGAGAAGCAGAGAGACGCAAGAAGCAGCAGGCGAGGACCGAUCAGCCUCAAUGAUCGAUGGUUGACGCUAGUUGAGUUGGUUCGGAAUAUCGGUUAGCAUCAUGAUAUCGAUAUCAGGGGGAGUUUUGGGCUCUGGAGUUUUGUUUCUGAUGUCCAAGACAGAUCACACAUGACAGCGAGGAGGGUUCAAAAAGGCACACAAUAACUCUAAUCGUCUGCUUGCUUGCCCAUCACAAGAUUGAUAGAUCUGCCAUCGUCUCCAUGGAAUUGUAUUGUCUAUGAAUUGACCAAUAUGGCGCGAUCAUCGUGAAUGCGGGGUAGCUUGGGG